AUGGCUAUGCUACUGAGGUAUCAGCCAGAGCACCAGAGUAUUAUGUUGAAGCCCUUGAAGAAUAAGGUUCCGAAAUUCAAGAACAAUGAAACGACCAUGAAUGUUUAUCUUUGCACGGGGAACUCCGACAAGCUCAUGAUCUUGUCACCUCUUGUAAGAAGGAAGGAUGUUGAAAGGAGGGCGUGGCUUGUCGUUCAAGAGAUUGGAAAGUCACACAUUGAAGAGGUUGGGAAGCAUUCGAUUAUGCGCAGGACAGGAAUUCCAGCGCGGGAUGUUAGAGUUCUCGAUCCCAAGCUUUCGCACCCAUCCAAGAUACUUGGAAGGGAGCGCGCCAUUGUGCUGAAUUUGGAACAUGUUAAAGCUAUCGUCACGGCAACUGAGAUGCUCAUUCUGAAUCCAAAUGAUCCUGGUGUUGCGCCUUUUGUCAGUGACCUUGAGCACAAACUCUCUAAUUCUGAUGGCUCUCAACCUAUUGUGAGUAGAUUUUCUCUUCAUAAAUCAUGA